CACCAAGAGCAUAACAAAGCACACUGAGCCUUGAGCAAUAUCAAUUUAUUACUUAAGAGUUAUGUCUUCCUUCCAGUUUUCCACUGCAACUCUAACUUGCUUCAAAUUCAUAAUAUUAGCACUUUAUUUGUUUCUUGUUGGAAUGGCCUCUGCUCAACUAUCUCCUACUUUCUACAGCACAACAUGCCCUGCUGCUCUUUCCACCAUUAACUCUGCUGUGACAUCUGCUAUUUCUAAAGAGGCUCGCAUGGGAGCAUCUUUGCUUCGUCUUCAUUUCCAUGACUGCUUCGUUAAUGGAUGUGACGGAUCGGUACUAUUGGAUGGAGCUUCAGGAGAGAAGACAGCACCUGCUAAUAAUAAUUCAAUUAGAGGAUUUGAAGUAAUAGACUCGAUCAAAUCCCAGUUGGAAAGUUCAUGUGCUGGUGUGGUUUCUUGUGCAGAUAUUUUAGCGGUUGCUGCUAGAGACUCAGUUGUUGCUUUGGGUGGACCUUCUUGGACCGUUCAAUUAGGCAGAAGAGAUUCAACCACAGCAAGUUUUAGUGCUGCUUCAAGCAGCCUUCCUUCUCCAUUUUCAGAUCUUAGUGUUCUCAUCUCUAACUUCUCAAGCAAAGGCUUCACUACUAAAGAAAUGGUGGCUCUUUCAGGAGCUCACACAAUUGGGCAAGCAAGGUGCACAGUGUUCGCAACAAGAAUUUACAACGAAACAAAUAUAAACACAGCAUUUGCAACGUCGCUAAAAGCAAAUUGCCCUAGUACUGGAGGGAACAAUCUUGCUCCUCUUGAUUCUACGACAAGGACUUUUGAUAAUGCUUACUUCAAGGAUUUGCUGGCUCAAAAGGGUCUUCUACACUCUGACCAACAGCUCUUUAAUGGAGGUUCUACAGAUUCUCAAGUCAGAGCUUAUAGCUCAAAUCCAACAUCUUUCAGAUCAGAUUUUGCCAGUGCGAUGGUCAAAAUGGGAAACCUUAGCCCACUUACUGGUACAAGUGGCCAGAUCAGGACAAACUGCAGGAAAGCCAAUUAAGACUAAUUGACACCAUUUUAUAUACACAUUGUUUUGGGGGGUUUUAUUGUAUUGGUUCAUUGUUGGUAUUAUAAAUUUUUAUGUUGAUUUUCAAAGUAUUGUUGGUACUAUCAUUUUUAUGGUUCUAAAAUUGUUUAUUAUGUAGUAUCUUAAUAGUUUAAUAGUUGAAUAAUUGUUGAUUUGUACUGUUUCAUAGUUGUAAUUUUAUACUGUUUCAGUGAGAGUGAUUGAAAUAUUUUAUUUUAA